AUGGACGCCUCCUCCUUCCAGCGCGCCUCCCGCGACCUGCUCAAGACCCACAAGGAGGCUCUGAGGGCCCAGAGGGGCCAGGUGGAGCUCAUGCGCUUCACGGACUGGUUCUCUAAAUUCUCAAACUCGCCGGGAAUGAGCAGUAGGGAGCGGCUGCUGCUGCCGGGCACGCCGGCCAUCGACGGUGGGGAGGGGACCGUGGCAGUCGUGGGGUUCGGACAGACGGUGGAUGUAUUCAUGUCGAAGCAGAGGCCGAAGAAGCUGCUGGUGUACGGGGACGACUUUGGCGCGCACGUGUUCCUGGUGAAGGUGGGCUCAAAACCUUGA